AUGAAUAACUCUGUGCAGAACCAAACUGGUGCGAACUGGAGAACGGAAUCAGUUAUCAUUUCUCUGGUCUUCUCGCUCAUCUUCUUCGUCGGUACCUUGGGGAACGGAUUGGUCCUCACUGUCCUCCUCUGGAACGGACAGAUGAACACCAAAACAACAAACCUAUUUAUUCUGAACCUCAGCGUGGCAGACCUGUGCUUUAUAGUGUUCUGCGUACCUUUUCAAGCCACUAUCUACACUAUGGAUGAAUGGGUAUUUGGACCGUUCUUGUGCAAAGUCGUACACUUUAUCAUCUACCUUACCAUGUAUGCCAGCAUCUUUACGCUCACCGCUGUGUCGUUGGACAGGUAUCUGGCCAUCCGCUACCCUCUCCGUUCCAGGGAGAUGAGGACCCAUCGUAACGCCCUGACGUCCAUCUGUGUGGUGUGGGGUUUGUCCCUGGUCUUCUCUGGCCCGUACCUGAGCUACUACCAACAGAUGGACCUGGACGGCACCGUGGUUUGCAUCCCCGCCUGGCAGUUCCAGGACAGGCGCCUUAUGGACGUCUGCACCUUCUUCUUCGGCUACCUCAUCCCUGUCCUCACCCUCAGCCUGACCUACGCCAGAACCAUCCYCUACCUGUGGACCACAGUGGACCCCAUGAAGGACAUGUCUGAGUCCAGGAGAGCAAAGAGGAAAGUCACCAAGAUGAUUAUUAUCGUAGCGGUGCUCUUCUGCCUCUGCUGGCUUCCCCAUCACCUGGUUAUACUGUGUAUGUGGUUUGGUCACUUUCCGCUAAACCACACCACCUAUAUACUCCGUAUUCUCUCUCACCUGGUGGCCUAUGCUAACUCCUGUCUCAACCCUAUAGUGUAUGCCCUGGUGUCCAAACACUUCCGGAAGGGAUUCCGGAAGGUGUUUGACUGUGUGUUGAGUAAGAGGGUGGUGAACCGGGUGCAUGUGUUUCAGGCGGCGCAUGUGGUCAGCACGGUGGAGGUGGGGUCCAGUGAGACGUCCAAUCAGAGCCUGGGGUCACAGCGAGGAGAUAGUGCCGGACUAACCACAUCUGGGGCCCUGGGCAAGAAGAAUUUGGAGGCCCCGCUCAUGGCAGUGGAGAGAUUUUCUUUUUAAGCUAACUUCCUGCAAUUCCAACCUGGACUCAGGGGUAGACAUAACAUAGUAAAUCGGUCUCCCUCAAUAUAGCAUGAUAUGUUAAGUUUCGUAUGGAAUGUAUUAAUUUGUGGAUCUCCAUCACCCAUUUUGUAUGAUAUAUUACAAAUUGCAAUUCGUAUGAUAUUUCACAAAUGUAAAAAUAAAUGUGGCUAAUGUUAGCUAGGUGACUAGUUGGCUAAUUUAAGCUAGGUUAGGGGUUAUGGUUAGGGGAAGUGUUAGCUAACGUACUAAGUAGUUGCAAAUUAAUAAAUAGUUGCCCAUGAUGUGAACAUUUGCAUUGCUAGAUGUUUGUGUUAUAUCCCCACCCAUCACCCCGACCAACU